CAUUUUUGAAUUACAAUGGUUUCAACUUAUGGUGGGCUUAUCGAGAUGUAAUCCCAUCAUAAGUUGAGGAGCAUCUGUAAUUGUAUACUGUUUUGAGCCAGUAAAUGUGUGGUAAUUUGUUACACAGCAAUAGAUAAUUAAUACACAGUUCUCUGGUUUUGCUCACAUCAUUCCCCUCUUCCUAGGACUGCAAUAUAAGUCCUUGGAGACUGUUUUUGGAAACCUCCAUUGUUCAAUGAGGUGUAGAAGACUUAGACCAGAGGCAAUAUUUGAAAUCAGAUGAAGUGUCAUGGUGGUUUCAAAAAACUCAUUUUGGUUAUGAGAACUUCAGCCAAUGACUGAGGUGUGAGAAAGAAGAUCUGGUAUCCUAGAAAACAAGCUUAGAACAGGUUACAAAAGUUAUCAUUGUAGGUCUCUAAUGUUGCUAUAAUCAUAGGAAGGGAGACCCAGGCGAAAAGCCCCGGUGCACAAACUGGAUCAAUGAAAUAGGUACAGAGGCUGGCACAGCCAGAUUACUUAUAGAAACACGUAUGCCCAGGGCACUUUCUACUAACUGGAAAGGCUGAGCUCCCGAUAUAUUCCUGCAUCUUUUAUUAGACUCAUAGAAAGAUGGGACUUGGGUAAAUCCUUAGAGCACCAAGACAGACAUGGAAAAGGCAAAAUUGGGGAUGGAAGCGGGGGCAAAGACUGACCUAUCAGAAGACCCAGCAUGUGCUAAUUUAUGUGGAGGAGUAGUUGGGUUUAAGGUUGGAGAUUCAAAGAUGUGGACAGAUUACUAAUUAAUCAGCCCAACAACUGCUUUUUGUUUGCUAAGCGGAGGCGUCAUAAGGUCUAGUAAGACGUAGAUCUGGCCCACGAUGUUCUUACAGUCUCAAGUAGAAGGCAGAUAAGCCUAAUUCAUCAACUGAGGAGAAAAUAAUGGAGCUGUGUUUUGAAGGACAGGAAGGAAUUGGCUAGAUGAAAAUGAUGGAGAACCUAGAGGAAACAUUAGGUGGGACAAUCUGGAGAAUGGAAGCUGCCUGAAACAUCUGGGGCACUGCAAAAACUUGUGAAUGGUGGGAGCAAAGAAUGUGUGUGUGCAAGUGACAGACGAUGCCAGAGAGGUGAGCAGGGAUCAUAUUCCUCAGGGUUUUGGUUGAUAUGUUAUAGAGCUUGGACUUGAUGGUAAAAACAGAAGAUUUUAAAAUAUGAAUGAUAUUUUAAGCAGGCGAAUAUUUUAAUCAGAGAAAUUAUAUGAUGUUUUGUAUUUCUGAAAGAUACAGCCAUUGUUGUGUUGUGGAUGGAUCAGAGAGGGUUAGGAUUAGAGGCAGGGAGACAAGUCAGGAGGUAAGACGCAAUGAGGACCUAAAUUAAGAUAGUGGUAGUGGGAACAAAACAUUGUGAAAGACUAUGAAUAAUUAUGGAGGUAUUUUUGAUCAGAAUUAAUCAAUAAAACAUGGAGGUUAAGUGAAAAGAGAUGACUAUGAAUAACAUCAUGUUUGUAGCUUGGAGAAUGGGUUGUUGGAGAAAUAGAUUUGAAAGUGGAAGUCUGAGAAACAAUAACAUUUAAAGCUUACAAUGUAAGAGUAUAAGUCAAAGUCCAUGUGGGAUCCUGAGUACAGGAUGUCAGAGCCAUUGGAAUAAAGCUAAGAGAAAGUGGAUUCACCAAAUCUAAGAAAAUAAAUGUCAAUUUCUAUAAGCCGGACAUUAAAAUCUAACAGAAAAACUAGAUUGGAAAAACCAAAAUACUUAUAAAAAUUAAAAAUUGGGUCAGGCGCAGUGGCUUAUGCUUGUAAUCCCAGGACUUUGGGAGGCUGAGGUGGGUAAAUCACCUGAGGUUGGGAGUUUGAGACCAGCCUGUCCAACAUGGAGAAACCCUGUCUCUAUUAAAAAUAAAAAAUUAGCUGGGUGUGGUGGCACAUGCCUGUAAUCCUAGCUCCUCUGGACGCUGAGGCAGGAGAAUCACUUGAACCUGGGAGGCAGAAGUUGCAGUGAGCUGAGAUCAUGCCACUGUCCUCUAGCCUGGGCAACAAGAGCAAAACUCUGUCUCAAAAAAAAAAAAAAAUUAAAAAUUGGAAAAGUAACCAAAGAUGUGUGUGUGUGUGUGUGUGUGUGUGUGUGUGUGUGUAUAAAGAUCUUUUUACUAACAUUGGUCAUAGUGAUAAAAUAGCAGAAAUGAACACUAUGUCCAAAAGUAGAUUAUUUGAACAAAUAUUAGCUAACUCAAUCAAAUGACAAAAUUCUUUUCCUGGUGAAUCUUACAUUAUAGUAGGUUAGUAGCUAAUACAUAAAGAAAGAAACAUAAAAAUGAUGUCAGGAAGUGAUAAAUUUUGUGAAGAAAAUAAAGCAAAGUAAGUGGAUAGAGAGUUAUAAGGAACUCUGUUUUAAAUACAGUACUGGAAUGGGCAGUUUUAUCUGUCAACUUCUCGGGGCUGAAAUCCUCAGUUAUUCAAUCAGACACUAAUCUAUGUGUUGCUAUGAAGAUAUUUUGUAGAGGUAAUCAAAGGCAGUAAUCUGUUGGCACCAAGAAAGGGAGAUCAUUCUAGGGAAUCUGUGGAGGCCUGAUUCAAUCUGUUGAGGGCAAAGCUGAGGCUUCUCUGAAGAAGAGGAAAUUCCAGCUCUGGACAGCAGCUUCAGCCUGCAUGUGAGAGUUUCAGCCUACGCUUCCUAACGACCUGCCCUAUGGAUUUCAGACUCGCCCAGCUACCCCCACAAUCACGUAAGGAAGUGGAGGAUUAGAUGAUUUGCCCAGUCUUACCGUAAUUUGUAGAGCCGAGAUUGAAAUCCAGGUGAAACUUCACGUAUCACAUUCUUUUUAUCAGAUGGCAGUUUCUGGAUUUACUCUUGGAACCUGCACACUUCUGUUGCACAUUAGUUAUGUGGCUAAUUAUCCCAAUGGAAAAGUAACACAGUCAUGCCAUGGAAUGAUUCCUGAACACGGUCAUAGUCCACAGGCUGUUCCUGUUCAUGACAUUUCAGUGAGUCAGAUGACAUUCAGGCCGGGGGAUCAGAUUGAAGUUACUUUGUCAGGGCAACCAUUUAAAGGCUUUCUCCUAGAAGCACGUAAUGCUGAGGAUUUGAAUGGCCCUCCUGUUGGCUCCUUCACAUUGAUUGACAGUGAAGUGUCACAGCUUUUGACCUGUGAAGAUAUACAGGGAUCAGCUGUGAGUCACACAAGUAAAUCUAAAAAAACCGAAAUUAAGGUCUACUGGAAUGCUCCAAGCAAUGCCCCAAAUCACACACAGUUUCUAGCCACAGUUGUUGCAAAGUACAAAAUCUACUGGGUGAAGAUUCCUGGUCCUAUAAUUUCACAACCAAAUGCAUUUCCUUUUACGACACCUAAAGCUACAAUAGGACCUUUGCCAACGUUAGGUCCAGUUUCCCACUUAACCAAACCAUUCAGUGCCUCAGAUUGUGGGAACAAGAAGUUCUGCAUUAGGAGUCCUUUGAACUGUGACCCAGAGAAGGAGGCUGCCUGUGUCUUCUUGUCCUUCACAAGAGAUGACCAAUCAGUGAUGGUUGAAAUGAGUGGUCCCAAUAAAGGCUAUUUAUCCUUCGCUUUGUCUCAUGACCAAUGGAUGGGUGAUGAUGAUGCUUAUCUAUGUAUUCGUGAAGAUCAGACUGUGUACAUCCAGCCUUCCCAUUUAAUGGGGCGAAGUCACCCUGUAAUGGACUCCAGGGAUAGCCUUGAGGAUAUGGCUUGGAGGUUGGCGGAUGGUGUUAUGCAGUGUUCUUUCAGAAGAAACAUUACCGUCCCUGGAGUUAAGAAUAGAUUUGAUCUAAACACAAGCUAUUACAUAUUUCUAGCAGAUGGUGCAGCUGAUGAUGGUCGAAUUUACAAGCACUCUCAGCAACCUUUGAUAACCUAUGAAAAAUAUGAUGUGACAGACUCUCCAAAGAACAUAGGAGGAUCCCAUUCUGUACGUCUUCUGAAGGUUCAUGGUGCCUUAAUGUUUGUGGCAUGGAUGACUACUGUUAGCAUAGGAGUCCUGGUUGCCCGCUUCUUCAAACCAGUUUGGUCAAGAGCUUUCUUCCUUGGUGCAGCAGCUUGGUUUCAGGUGCAUCGGAUGCUCAUGUUCACCACAACUGCCCUCACCUGCAUUGCUUUUGUUAUGCCGUUUAUAUACAGGGGAGGCUGGAGUAGGCAUGCAGGUUACCACCCAUACCUCGGCUGUAUUGUGAUGACUUUGGCAGUUCUUCAGCCUCUUCUGGCAGUCUUCAGGCCACCUUUGCAUGACCCAAGAAGGCAAAUGUUUAACUGGACUCAUUGGAGUAUGGGAACAGCUGCUAGAAUAAUAGCAGUGGCAGCGAUGUUCCUGGGAAUGGAUUUACCAGGACUGAAUCUUCCUGAUUCACAGAAAACCUAUGCAAUGAUUGGAUUUGUAGCCUGGCAUGUAGGGACUGAGAUUGUUCUGGAGGUACAUGCUUAUCGGCUCUCUCGCAAAGUUGAAAUGUUGGAUGAUGACAGAAUUCAGAUCCUUCAGUCAUUUACUGCAGCGGAAGCAGAGGGUCAUGCUUUUAAAAAGGCAGUAUUGGCAAUUUAUAUCUGUGGGAAUGUUACUUUUCUCAUUGUAUUUUUGUCUGCAAUCAACCAUCUAUGAGCAAGCAAAGACCUUGGCUUUUGCAGGCCAGGUGGUAAUUAUCAUCAAACCAAAGAAACUUGAAGCCUGUGCUGACUGCCUGGAGCAUAUUUGUGAAUCUUCACUUGGAAGACUAGGGUCAUGUCUGAAGAGGAAUUCUGAAGUCCAGCUGUUCAACACUCAAGAGGGUCAUAUAGACUAUAACUUAAUAUCAUGCCUUACGUGUAAUUCUGGGUCUUAAAGGGAAGAUUGUACUUCAGGAGAAGUAACUCUCAAAUAUUUCAUGCCAAGAUUAUAAGAAUGUUGAUAUUCAAGAAAAUAGUGAUCUGGAAAAACAUAUCAGAUGUCACUACGAUAGAAAGGAGGUAUAUUAAGGUAAAUAUAUUUUAGAUGACAAAGGUGCUGUUGUAUUUUAAAGAAAAACAAUUUAUUUUUAUUAGUUUAUCUGAGUGGUCUGUGUUUAUUUAGAAACCGUUUUUCAGACGUAUCCUUUGCUCAGUGUAUUUCAUUACUUGUCUAGUAAAGGUGGAAAUGAGGCAGAUGCCAUUGUAGGUUUUACCAGCAUUUAACUAUAUUAUGAAUAUUAUAAUUUAUUUUUUAGCAAUGACAUUCACGUAUGCAUCUUUUACUUAAAUACCCUAUUUAUGUAUUCAGCUGCGGAGAUGAAAUAGCAUUUUAUGUGUUAAUGGUUUUGGCUAUAAAAUGUAAGUCCUUAUAGCAUUUGGGGACUAUAUAUAGACUUGGAUUUCAAAACUGAUAAAACUCACCCUUGUGAACAUAUCUAACAGAUAUUCUAUUUACUUGUAGAAAUAAAAUAACGUGUCUGGUUCUGUUUUGUUAGACAUUUUUGAUACUCUACUGAAUCAGAAUCAUCAGUGUUACCUUCCUUAUUUCAAUAAUUCAUCUAUUUUAUGGCUGCAUCUCAUAUGUGCUAUGAGGACUUCUAGCCAGUGGGUGGCGCUGUAAUACCGAAGUUCUGUACUGCUUUGUUCUCUUUGCUUCUGCUGAUUCCUUUUUAGUGUUUAGGUAACAUUAUGGGAUGGCAUUUCCCUUAAAUUCCACCAACUCUCCUUAAUCUUUAUUUUUAAAAGGUCUACUUUUUUUGGGUGCUUGAGGUAAUGGGUUAAAACCUCAAAUUAGUAACCAGUGUUUAUUUUCCAGUUUCUGUUUGUUUUCUGUGAUUUGUAACAAUUGUUUGAUAUUUGUUUUUACCUUCCCCCGACCCUGUAAUGAAUGAAUGCAGCUAUCUUGGGCAAAGCAAAUAAAUAAACUGUGCAUUUUAAAAUAAAA